UCUUUGUCUCUCUCCCUGUCCCUGCUGCAGCUGAUUGAGGAUUUGCGGAAGGAGCUGGAAUAUUUGCAGUUGUAUAAGUUGGAGGUGGAGACGCCCGGCUGGAGUCGGGCUCCAUCCUGCACCACGAUCGAGCUGACCUUCCGUAACAAGGAGAUGGAGCUCGAGUAUGAGGCCAAACACCUGAAACAGGAGAACCUGAGACUACGAGAGCAGAACGAUGAUCUAAACGGACAGAUCCUCAGCCUGAGUUUGUACGAAGCGAAGAAUCUGUUUGCAACUCAAACCAAGGCUCAGUCAUUGGCUGCGGAAAUCGACACUGCCACCCGAGACCAGCUAAUGGAAGCUUUUCAAGAGCAGGAGGAGAUUAAUCUGCGAUUGAGACAGUAUAUGGACAAGAUCAUCCUGGCUAUUUUAGAUCACAAUCCCUCCAUCCUGGAAAUUAAGAAAUAAAGACAGUGGGACCCAGUGCCUGGACCGUGGGUUCGGGUCCAGCUUGGCUCUUUGCUGAGUGAUGGAGGCCUGACAUCUUGCCAAUCUGUUUAUUUACUAGUUACAUGUGAAUUUAAAUAAUAUCUGCUGGGAUUUGAGAUUUACUUCUGCACUUUUUGAUCCUGUGAAAAUAAUGAGUUUGUUUGGGAGGAAGUUGACAUUUUUGACGCAUGGCCAUCUUCAGAAGGUGACUUUGUUCAGUGACAGUGUGGGAGCAGGGGCUGAUCGCGGUGCUGGGAGGGUUGUGACUGACUUACCGAUAGAAGCAGUCUUCCUGUAGGUUGGAGUUGUUAAAGUUGACUCUCUGUGUGUCUGGUGUGGUGUGUGAGAAGCUGGUAUUUCACAUCCCUAUCAUUCAUCCUGUAGGAGUCAGGGAGUUUCUGACUGGAAGCUGCGUGGGGCCAGGAUUAUUUUCUUGUCUGUUCUGUAUGAUCCCUUCCUGAGGAACACAGGGUUGUGAGGCUGAGCUACAAACUGGUCCAAGGCAGCCUGGCCAGCUCACUGACCGUGCUAGUUCCACCGAGGAUUGACAUUAAACUGCUCGAGAGAGAGAGAGAGACAGAGAGAGAGAGAGAUGACACAGACUCCCUGAGAGCUGUGGACAGUGACAGACUCUGAAACAAGCCCAGUCUUGAGGUAGAGAAUACCAGCAACUCGUGCCAACUCUGGACAGCCCUCACCAGGUUACACGCAGACUUCACUC